GGCGGACUGGUACCAGGGCCAGACCUUCCUCGAUCAGUGGGACUUCUACUCGAACACCGAUCCGACGCACGGCAUGGUGAACUACCAGACCAAGGAGAACGCGCAGGCGAAGAACCUCGCGUACGUCCAGGACGAUGGCACGUUCGUCAUGAAGGUCGACGACUCGACCUGGCUUGCAUCGGGCGGCUACCGCGACUCCGUCCGCAUCAGCUCGCAGAAGUCCUACAACCAGGGCCUUUUCAUCGCUGACAUCUACGCGAUGCCGCACGGCUGCAGCCUGUGGCCCGCCUGGUGGUCCGUCGGCCCCAACUGGCCGAACGGCGGCGAGAUCGACAUCCUCGAGGGCGUCCACGAUCAGACCACGAACCAGUACACCCUCCACACCGCCGACGGCUGCACCACAUCCUCCGCGAACCUCAAGGUCGCCGCCGCCCUGUCCACCACGCAGUGCGCGUCCAGCGGCGCGGACAACACCGGCUGCGCGUACAUCGACAGCGACGCGACGACGUAUGGCGCGGGGUUCAACCUGAUCGGCGGCGGCGUGUACGCGCAUUUGUGGGACUCGGACGGCAUCAAGGUGUGGCACUUCCCGCGGACGGCGAUCCCGGAGGACAUCACGAACAAGGCGCCGAACCCAGACUCGUGGGGCACGCCCGCGGCGUUCUGGUCGAGCAGCUCGUGCGAUGUGACGAACCACUUCUACGACCACACGUUGACGUUCGAUAUCACGCUCUGCGGUGACUGGGCUGGCGCGACCUACAGCAGCGCAGGCUGCCCUGGCACUUGCGCUGACCGCGUUGCUGACCCGACCAACUUCUCCACUGCCAAGUGGAAGGUCAACUACGUCGCCGUCUACCAGUAAACUCACUACCUCACGACGCCCUCGGGCGAUACAACGACACUUCAGGCAACCACACAUAGGAAGCGCCCCUCCUUACACAUUGUACUCUCUCUUCGACGUUCUUUUCCGGGUCCGGGUCAGACUUCGCCUGGUGCGAGAGGUCAAAUCAUUCGCCUAGCGCGAUGGGUUUCAUAUUCGCCUAGAGCGAUAGGUUUCAUGAACUCGCCUAGCGCGACGGGAUUGCUGUAUCUAUUUGACGACGCUCACGACCUGUAUACAUAGCAUAUACUUCUAGGGAUGUAAUUCUAUACGGGUAUAGAGUGUCGGCUCUGGGCUUGGCUUGUAGCCGCCCCUCAUUGUUUUUAUAGAAUCGGGUGCUUGAUC